AUGAAUCAAAAUCUUUUGCAAUAUCAGAAGUUAAAUGACCAAAGGCUUGCGAGUUUAGAACUCAAACUGGGCCAAAUUUGUGAUGCACUUAAUGAGAGGGAAAAGGGUAAACUCCCUAGUCAGCCUCAACAAAAUCCUAAAAGUGCAUUUCAGGCGAGUACGUCUACUUGCAAUGAGUCCUCACAUGAUCAGUUGAAUGCAGUCACCACUCUCCGUAGUGGUAAAGUUAUUAAAACUAAUGUAGGCAUGCCACACACAAAUGGGUCUGAGUCAGACUCACCUUUGUACACUACUGCACAAAAAACACCUGCUGUAGAAAAUGAAUCUGAGCAUGUUGAAAAAUCUAAAAAUUCUACUAAUGUAAAUGUUUCUUUGCCAUGUCAAGUGCCUGUUGCUCCAUUCCCGCAAAGGUUGGUGCAGCAAAAAGGGGGUAACCAGUACAACGAGAUAUUGGAUAUGUUUAAACGAGUUAACAUAAACAUUCCAUUUCUUGAAGCAAUCAGGCAGAUACCCACCUAUGCUAAGUUUUUGAAAGAUCUUUGCACACAAAAGAGAAAGCUCCAUGUGCACAAACGUGCAUUUCUCACUGAGCAGGUAAGUUUCAUAAUUCAAAACAAGAUCCCAAUUAAGUUUAGGGACCCAGGUUGUCCAACAAUCACGUGCACCAUAGGAGACCAUGUGGUCGAAAAAGCUUUACUAGACUUAGGAGCAAGUGUCAAUCUAUUGCCAUACUCUGUGUAUGUGCAUUUAGGACUUGGGGAGAUGAAACCCACUCCUGUUACGCUACAAUUAGCGGACAGAUCUGUGAGAAUCCUUCGUGGUAUUGUCGAAGAUGUGUUGAUCAAGGUUAAUAAAUUUUUCUUUCCUAUGGACUUCAUUGUGUUAGAUUCUCAACCUGUGCAAAACCCAGAUAGUCACAUUCCUGUCAUUUUAGGACGUCCUUACCUGGCGACGUCCAAUGCCAUCAUAAAUUGUCGUAAUUGUUAG